GUUUCCCGUCGGCAUGUGGCGGAGUGUCGCGCGCAGUGUGUUGUGGCGGUGGCAGCAGCAGCGGAGGAGAUGGAGGUCACGCGCCUCGUCUUCUUCGCCGCUUGCCCUUGCCCUCCUGCCGGGGCGGUGGGAGGCGAAGGCGCCUCGACGCUCCGUCAGCAGCCAGGCUGGCUUGCGCGAGCUGUUCGAGCUGCCGGCCCUGCAGCGCUUCCUGGAGCAGCAUGAGCAGGGGCUGCUUCGCGGGGCUUCCUGGCCGGACCUGGCAGCGCGGAUUCGCCUCCUGCGGGAGAAGGAGCAGGAGCUGCGCGACACGGAGUGCCUGGCGCAGGAAGAUGAACAUGAAGAUUUGCGGAAGCUGGCGGAAAAAGAAGCUGUUUCCUGUCAGGAAGAGAUAGCAGAAUUGAAACACCAGAUUGUAUUGCUUUUGAUUCCUUCAGAAGAAACAGAUAGAAGUGAUCUCAUCAUGGAAGUGACUGCUGGAGUUGGAGGGCAGGAAGCAAUGCUAUUCACAGCAGAGAUGUUUGAUAUGUAUCAACAGUAUGCUACAUAUAAAAAGUGGGAUUUUGAAGUUCUGGAAUAUGCUGCCAGUGACAUAGGUGGUUUGAGACAUGCAUCUGCUGUUAUAGGAGGCCUCAACACAUAUAAACAAAUGAAGUUUGAAGGGGGUGUACAUCGUGUCCAGAGAGUGCCCAAGACAGAAAAGCAAGGACGCAUUCACACCAGCACAAUGACUGUAGCAAUUUUACCACAGCCAGAUGAGAUAAAUUUGACAAUUAAUCCUAAAGACUUGCGUAUUGAAACUAAACGAGCCAGUGGAGCUGGUGGUCAGCAUGUAAAUAAAACUGAAAGCGCUGUACGAAUAGUCCAUAUUCCCACAGGUGUUGUGUCUGAGUGUCAGCAGCAAAGAUCUCAAAUAAAAAAUAAAGAAAGGGCUAUGCAGAUCCUUCGUGCCAAGCUAUACAGUAUCAAACUUGAAGAAGAGACUAGAAAAACAGAAACUGCUAGAAAGAUUCAGACUGGGUCCAGAGGAAGGUCGGAGAAAAUCAGAACCUACAACUUCCCCCAGGAUCGUGUUACUGAUCACAGAAUAAGCAGAUCAGUCCAUGACAUUGAAAGGUUCAUGUUGGGGGAGGAACUGCUAGAUGAAAUGAUAAAGUCCCUAAGAGAAUAUGCUGAUUAUGAGACUGUAUUGGAAGUUAUUUCUGAAAGUGAUCCAACCAGGCUAAGAUGAUCUACACCACAGGUAUAGAAUGCAACCAACUAGCUUGCUGCAUCUGCUCGCUUUGUGCUUACCUGAUGUAGAAAUCUCUCUCUUUCUAUGAAAAAGGGUGAAGUUAACAUUAUUCUCAAACUGCUUCUUGGAGCAGACAGCUAUGAUGGAUUUUCAAGAGCCAUUGUACAUGGUGCUAAGCAAAUUGACACUUGAGACAGAUUCUUAAAUGGACGCUGGUGCCGUACUCUUCAGAGGUGGGCAAGGAAUUGAGAACACACUGACAAUGAAUAGCUUUUUUACAGCGAAAAUAAUUCAGUGCAAUAAAGCUGAUGUGGUGUUUUAAGUUAUUACAAUGUUAAUACCUUAAUCUAAAACCUGGAAGUAAAUCUAUUGUUUUCAGUGGCACUUGGAUUUGUCACAUGUAAAUUUGAAUUUAUUUAUCGUGACAUUGUUAGAAAAUUAUACAUAAGAUUCUAGCAGCUCUGCUGCCAUAGCAAGUCAGAGGAUUGGGCUUUUGCUGGUUGCCCCUCUGUUAUGUUAAAUGAAACUUCUUUAAAAUCUGAGCCUACUUGUGUUGAAUUCUUUGGCCUAGUUAUGCACAUGCAUCCCAUGAGUAAAGAGAACACUAUUACACUUUCCAUCCUCCUGUCUAAAUAGCUGGUCACCCCAUACUUACAUGUUCUAGUUUUCCACCACACAUGGAAAUUUUACUGGGAACUUUGGAACUGUAGAGCCUGCCUAGCUGCACCUCAUUUUCUAUCAUCCAUGACCACUGGCCAAGUUGACCAGGAAUGAUGGGAGUUGGAGUAUAACAAUGCCUGAAGGGCAUCACAUUAGACUCAAAUGCUCUACCCUUCCCAACUGCAGAGGUCCAAGAUCAUCUUCACAGCUUCCCAGUGGGCUGUUAACUCCUUGCACUGAGGCAAACUCCGAUCAAAUUGGCUUUCUGUAUAGGGAGUUCCUUCAAUACAACUUCGUAGUAUUUUAUUUCAUACACUGAUUUGCUGUAAAAGAUUUUCCAAGAAUUUUUAUUGUUCUUUGUUGGAAUAUUAGCUUGUGUAUUGUUGAAAGAUGCCUUGGCUCUUUAUUGAUCAUAAAACAUUUAAAUGUUUUUACUUAGGAGAAUCUCAACAAAUCUGCUGCAUAUUUAGAAUGUGAUCCUAAACAUGAUUAUCCAGAAGCAAGUCUCUCUGAAUUCAAUAAAACAUUGCGUUCUUGUAACUGUUUAAGAUCAAUUUUAGGAUCAAUCCUAUUCACAUUUACCUGGGAGUAAGUCUUAUGGAACUCAAUGGGACUUAUGCAUAGCCCCUGCUUAUGCAUAAUCUGCACAAGUACCCUAAAUAAGCUGCUUUAUCUUUAGACAUAGAGGGGAAAU